CGUACUGUACCAAAUCUAAAGAAAACAGCAACAACAAAUCGAAAAAACUAUGUUGACAGCUGCCGAAAGGGUCGUUGCAAGGUUAUUCAUUCGACCAACUUCUUGCAAAUAUUUUGCAUUGCAGUUUACUCGUUCUCUCAGCAGUUGCGAUAAGAAUAAAAAACAUAACAAAAUGUCACGUCAAUUCUGCGUUGGUGGUAACUGGAAGAUGAAUGGCGAUCAGAAAUCUAUCGCCGAAUUGUGCAAAAUUCUUUCAGCCGGACCAUUAGAUCCCAACACACAGGUGUAUGUCGGUGUACCAGCACCAUAUCUCAUUUACGUACGUAGUCUAUUACCUGAGACUAUAAAUGUGGCCGCCCAGAAUUGUUACAAAGUAGAAAAGGGUGCGUUCACAGGUGAGAUUUCGCCCGCUAUCAUUAAAGACACCGGUGCCGGUUGGGUUAUUCUGGGACAUUCGGAGCGUCGCCAAAUCUUCAAGGAGAGCGAUGAACUCAUUGCCGAGAAGGUCGAACAUGCCUUGGCAGCUGGUUUGAAAGUAGUCGCAUGCAUUGGCGAAACUCUGGACGAACGUGAAGCCAAUAAGACACAAGAGGUUGUCGCUAGACAAAUGUGUGCGAUAGCACAGAAGGUGAAGGACUGGACUAAUGUUGUCGUAGCUUAUGAGCCAGUGUGGGCCAUUGGCACAGGCAAAACCGCUACUCCCGAACAGGCACAAGAAGUGCACGCCUACCUUCGUCAAUGGUUGACUGAGAACAUUUCUAAGGAAGUCGCUGCCACAUUACGCAUCCAAUAUGGUGGCUCCGUGACUGGUGCCAAUGCCAAGGACUUGGCUAAAAAGCCCGACAUCGACGGUUUCUUGGUGGGCGGCGCUUCUCUGAAGCCCGAAUUCGUGCAAAUCGUCAAUGCCAGACAGUAAAUGUCUCUUAAAAAAAAACUGUUGAAGUACACGACUGCCUGCUAACUCAAUACAAUUUAGGCAUGUAAUUCACAUCUCAAGCACUGUUAAUGGACUAUAUUAUUGUUAAAGGCAAAUAACUUUUUUUAUGAUUUGGCUUAGCAAUUUGCGUAGCUAAGCUAAGUGAAUGCAGAAUUGCUGUUAGGAGUAAACAUAAUUAGAAAAGUUUUCACUUUAUCAUGUCGGAAAAGAAAAAAAAAAAAAAUUAUGAAAAUUUAAUGAUG